AAAGCUAUUCUCCGAGAAUCGACGUCCAAAAGCCCUCGCUUCUAGCCCAAACAGUCAGGGACAUCUACCAUAUUCAUCGAUACCAACUUGAUCGCUCGAAACCAUCUGAAUUAGCAAACGAUUGAGAAUGGCUAUGCUAGGCGCUGCCAGCCGAUGUAAACGGCCAUCCCCUCCUACCACGGCCAAAGAGACGGGUUCGAAGAGCGAAUCACGUACCAAGGCCUUGGGCCAUCCAUAUGACUAUCAACGACUGAAGAAAAGCAAUUCUCAUCAAGCGUUGGAUAAUCCCGAUUGGCGAACUCGCCCUUCCGGUAGUGGCAGUUCACCAACGUUGGAUGAUGAACAGGCUUGGAGGAACCUGAUAGGUUCUGGGAAACAAUGGAUUGGAAUGGAUGCAUUCCCAACCACUCCAUCCGCCGAGGAAAGGAAACACGGGGUCCAUCUACAGAAGGCAAGCGACGUGCCACAAGAUCGCGCGACGGGUAGCAACGACAUGAGAUACCAUCGACGGAAUGUUUUUGCCCUGUCUUCCGAAUUGGAACCAAAGAUCAUACAGACCAUGGAAGAAGAACAGCCUAUUCCAUAUGGGAUUUUGAAGCAGGUGUGCCUUUCGUCUUCGAAAGAACAUCCCCUGAGCCUCUUUGAAGUUGCACCAUUGAGAAGCAUCCCUAGCUUUUUGUCUCCAUCUGUUGUGGACAUUCGGCCUCUGAAGGAAAAUUUGAUGCAAAAGAAGCCAGGCAACGGCCAGGACGAGCAACUCACCGCAGCGCUCAAAGCUGCCGAGGCCACGCCUCACAAAGUUCGAAUGCACAUGAGCCAGAGAAGUCGUCAAAAUGAGACGAAAUUGAAGCAUGCCGUAGCAGACGAAUUGCGAGCACGAAAGGGUGUUUUCGAACCACCAGACGUUGUCACUGCGCAAAGGAACAGAGCCAAAGAUUGCUCCGACGCGAAUCGAUUGUCCCCCAGCCAGACAGCCCGUUUGGUGAACGAGGAGAGGUCUGCUGAGUCGUUUGAGACUGAAAAAGAUCAGGCCUUUCAGAAAUUUCUAAAGAAACUAGCACAGAAGAACAGAGACUUGCCAAGUGAAAAGCUACAGGGACGAGACAGGGUGGACAGCGGCUACGAAGAUGGCUCAAAGGAAGAGCAGAGCGGAGGCUCAACAGAAACCUGCGUCUUGAGAUACCGGACACAUAGGGCCAAUGAACGACAGCAAGUAUCUUCGGAGAUUUUCGCAAGCCACCGGAAACGAGCAUCUGAGAUUUCCCACAAGGAGGACUCAAGCCUCCCAGCAGAGCAAUCUACUAGAUUCAAGAGCCUGAACCCCAAAGCGCGAGAGUUUCUCUCGUUUGUCUCCAACCGAAGCUCCAACUCGGAAGACGACAAUAUGGAGCCCCUUCAGCCCUUUGCCCCGGAGCCUUUUGCUAGCAAGAGCGAUCAUGUCAAUGCCAUGUAUCUGGCAGGACUUGGUCUGCCGAAUGUUUCUUCGCUUCAGCAGCAACCGCCGCCGCCGGCCUAUGGGCUUGUGCCGCUUGCAGCUGCUCCUGAUACAGUCACUGACUCUCUGACGAUCAAUAACUUGAUGCCGGGAAGAUUGAUCCCUGUACAGAUGGGAACGGAUCAGCUUGGAGGCCAAUUUCCGACGUCUGCCUUGCCAAUGCCAACAGUGCCGCCAUUACCUUCGCUCCUACCAACACUAUUUCGGCCGGAGACGGUACUGCCGUCCGUGUCUAUGAUGGGCAAUAGCAUGCCGGGCAUCCCGACGGUACCUUCUAUGUUGAAUACGACAUUUCCCUUGGCACCUGGCUCCAACCCUUGCUUCAACAUGUCAUCAAGCCAAAUGCCGCUCAUGACGGGUACUCGCUGCCCACCGCAGCCGGUGCCAAAGCCUCGACGCCCAGAUCCAGGAGAUCAACAGGCAUACGAGGCAUGGAUCGAGUGGCGCAAGGCAAACGAGCCAGGUUAUGCGUUAGAGUGUCGUCUGAGACAACAGCGACGAGCCCAGCGGAGCAUGACGGACAAGGUACCGCCCAAGACCCAGUCAGCCAAGAAGGACGACGCCUUCGGCUCGGCGUGAGGCGUACAAGAUUAUGUAUAGGAGAGCAGGGCGAUCGGUGACGAUGCCUUCUGGCACAGAACUCGGUCAGAUGCUCCUGGCGACGCCCAGUGGCGGGGAUGUGGUGAAAGGUCUACGCCCCCCUAUUCCACUUUUUUUUCUUUCUUUACAACUAAAAUUAACUCGUUUGUUUUUCUUUUUUCGUUUUCGUUCUGCAACAUUAUGCAGAUGUUCGGAGUCAGCCGCAGCAUGUGGAUAAUGUUGCUUUGCAGAAUGUCUUUCGAUUACUUCCUGCGGGUUGUCAGUCUCCAUGGUUGCCGGUUGCCCCUGAUGGAGUGGCUGGCCGGCCG